AUGGAGAAGCGGGGUCGGGGAGACGUGCUUUUCCGGAACCUCAAUCGAGAUGACGGGCUGUGGCAGACAGCGCAGUUGAAGACAAAAUCGAACACUUCCCAACCGAAGGCGGUGAAAGGCGAAGAGAAACCGCGCUCGAAACAGCGCUCUGCCGAGGAGAUUCUCGCUGGCUUCCGUAGUGGUUGGACGGAAAAGCUUCAAGAGGAGCCUGUGACAUCUGACGCCCAGGCGGACCUCGGUGAACGCACUGAGCGCAGUGAGCGCGCGGCCCGCGCGACCGAGGCGCCCAGCGCGCGCAGUGCGCGCAGCCGGAGCCCGAAGCGAGAGUCCGACGGCCGAUCGCCGUCGCGCUCGAGGUGGUCACGGUCCUCCAGUUGA